AUGCGUGAGGUCAUCUCUAUCCACGUCGGACAAGCCGGAGUCCAAAUCGGAAAUGCUUGCUGGGAGCUUUACUGCCUCGAGCACGGAAUCCAGCCCGAUGGAACCAUGCCAUCCGACCAGCAAGCCGAUGGAGAGUCCUUCACCACUUUCUUCUCGGAUACUGGAAACGGAAGAUAUGUUCCACGCUCGAUCUUCGUCGAUCUCGAGCCAACUGUUGUUGACGAGAUUCGCACGGGAACCUACAAGCAGCUUUUCCACCCAGAGCAGAUGAUCACCGGAAAGGAAGACGCCGCCAACAAUUAUGCUCGUGGUCACUACACCGUCGGAAAGGAAUUGAUCGACACCGUUCUCGACAGAAUCCGCCGUCUUGCUGAUAACUGCAGCGGACUCCAAGGAUUCUUCGUUUUCCAUUCAUUCGGAGGAGGAACUGGAUCCGGAUUCACCUCUCUUCUCAUGGAGCGUCUUUCUGUCGACUACGGAAAGAAAUCCAAGUUGGAGUUCUCCAUCUACCCAGCUCCACAAGUUUCGACCGCUGUUGUUGAGCCAUACAACUCUAUUCUUACCACCCAUACCACCCUUGAGCACUCCGACUGUGCCUUCAUGGUUGACAACGAAGCCAUCUACGAUAUCUGCCGUAGAAACCUCAGCGUUGAUCGUCCAAGCUACACCAACUUGAACCGUAUCAUCUCCCAAGUUGUCUCUUCGAUCACUGCCUCUCUUCGUUUCGAUGGAGCUCUCAAUGUUGAUCUCAACGAGUUCCAAACCAACUUGGUCCCAUACCCAAGAAUCCACUUCCCAUUGGCCGCCUACACUCCACUCAUUUCCGCUGAUAAGGCUUAUCAUGAGGCUCUUUCCGUCAAUGACAUCACCAACAGCUGCUUCGAGCCAGCCAACCAAAUGGUAAAGUGUGAUCCACGCCACGGAAAGUACAUGGCUGUCUGCCUCUUGUACAGAGGAGACGUCGUUCCAAAGGACGUUAACACCGCCAUCGCCGCCAUCAAGACCAAGAGAACCAUCCAAUUCGUUGACUGGUGCCCAACCGGAUUCAAGGUUGGAAUCAACUACCAGCCACCAACUGUGGUUCCAGGAGGAGAUCUCGCCAAGGUCCCACGUGCCGUGUGCAUGCUCUCCAACACCACCGCCAUCGCUGAGGCCUGGUCCCGUUUGGACUACAAAUUCGAUCUCAUGUACGCAAAGCGUGCCUUCGUCCACUGGUACGUCGGAGAAGGAAUGGAAGAGGGAGAGUUCACCGAGGCUCGUGAAGACUUGGCUGCCCUCGAGAAGGACUACGAAGAGGUCGGAGCCGACUCCAACGAGGGAGGAAACGAGGAGGAGGGAGAAGAGUAUUAA